AUGGAGUCCGCCGGAUUCUCAGCGCCUGGCCGAACCAUAUCGUCCGACGGCGCUACGAACCAUGACGAAACCUCCACAUUCCAAGAGAGCGUCACGCCUCAGACGGAGUCGACCGACGACACAGAAACUGUCUUUUUAAAUAAAGGCACAUCAACCCCCAAAGCUAUCGAGAGCGGCUCGGAUACCUCCACCAAAUCCCUCGACCGAACAUCAAAUCCCGCCACCACCGCAGACCAAGACGAACCGCGCAAAUGCUGGAUCUGCUACACAGACGAAACAGAAGAUUCACCUCUCAAUCAAGAAUGGCGCUCACCAUGUCCAUGCGCCCUCACAGCCCACGAAGCCUGCCUCCUCGAUUGGCUCGCCGACAUGGAAAACCCGCGGUCGCGCAGGGGCAAUGGAAGCGCAAUAACAAUGCAAUGUCCACAGUGCAAGACUGAAAUCGUGGUAACCCGCCCGCGCAGCUACGUGGUGGACAUUCUCCGAUUACUCGAGCGGGUAGCAGGCCGACUAGUUCUGCCAGGCAUGGUGUUCACAGUGGCGGGUACCGUCUGGGCCGGGUGCUGCGCGCACGGCGUGUACUCCAUGUACCUUGUCUUCGGAACGGAGGAAGCGAAACAAAUCAUGGGUGAGAGUAUCGAUGGCCCGUGGAACCCCGGCUUAAAUCUGGGAUUGCCGCUCAUCCCGCUUGUUUUGAUAUUCUCUCGGACUCGAUACGCUGAAGGCCUUCUCCCAGCUAUUCCAGUGCUGUUCUUUGCUGCGCAUAAUCCUGGCCAGGAGCCUGAUUUCGAUAUCUGGCCGCCUACACCUGCUAUGACUUUCGCUGCGCUGCCAUAUGUUAAGAGUUUCUAUGGGGCGUUGUAUGAGCGGCUGUUUGGUGGGCUGGAGAGGAAGUGGAUUGCUGAAGUGCAGCCUAGGGCCGCGGAGGAGAUCUUGGAUGAUGCACAACAACAAGACCAGGCGGAGGGUCUGAAUCGGUUCGAGGAUGGGAACGGCCAAAUUCUCAUGGAGAUCGACCUCGAGCUGCAGAUGGGUAUGGGCGAGGAGGAUGCCCCGGUUGGUCAAGCUGCUCCUGCAGGACAGGGAGAAGGUGCCAAUGCCGGUGCCCCCGAAGCAAAUAAUAAUCCGCUUGGAUUGGGGCGGCGGAAUGAGAUUAUCCACGAUACUGGUAACCUGGCUGAUGCUGUCCUCGGUGCACUCGUCUUCCCAGCAAUUUCAGCCUCGAUGGGUGGACUCUUGAAAUACGUCUUACCUAAAGCGUGGACGACACCAUCCGUGGCUCUGGAGCGUGGUCGCCCGAGUCUUUUGCAGACUCGCUGGGGCCGCAGUGUUGUCGGUGGAUGCGUCUUCGUCUUGCUUAAGGACGCACUGGUAUUGUACUGCCGGUGGAAACUCGCUCAGUCACACCGUCGUCGCAAGGUCCUGAACUACGAUCGAUCUAAGAAGCACCACGCAUCCAAGCGUUCCGUGGGCUAA